AUGGUGCCGCCGCCGCCGCCGCCGAGGCGGAGAGGAGCUGCCCGGGCGCAACUGGGCAGGAGCCUGGGGCCGCUGCUGCUGCUCCUGGCGCUCGGACACACGUGGAGCUACCGAGAGGAGCCCGAGGACAGCGACAGAGAAAUUUGCUCUGAAAACAAAAUAGCAACGACCAAAUACCCGUGUCUGAAGGCUUCGGGCGAGCUCACCACGUGUUUCAGGAAAAAGUGCUGCAAAGGGUAUAAAUUUGUUUUUGGACAAUGCAUCCCAGAAGAUUUUGACGUGUGUGCCCAGGCCCCCUGUGAGCAGCAGUGCACGGACAACUUCGGCCGCGUGCUGUGCACAUGCUACCCGGGGUUCCGAUACGACCGGGAGCGACACCGGAGGCGGGAGAAGCCGUACUGCCUGGAUAUCGACGAGUGUGCCAGCAGCAACAAGACGCUCUGUGCACACGUCUGCGUCAACACGCCGGGCAGCUACCACUGCGCGUGCCGGGAGGGCUACGUCCUGGAGGAGAACGGGAGGACGUGCGCCAAGAAGGACAAAUAUCCCAAUGGCACAGGGCUGGACGAGAAGGCGGGGAACGUGGCGCAGGCCCAGAGCUGCUGUGCCUCCUGCAAAGAGUUCCACCAGAUGAAGCAGACGGUGCUGCAGCUAAAGCAGAAGAUCGCUCUGCUCCCCAACCAUGCUGUCGAGCUGGGCAAGUACAUCACUGGUGACAAGGCGCUGGCCUCAAAUGCCUACCUUCCCGGACCGCCUGGCCUGCCAGGGGACCAGGGCCCCCCAGGCUCACCUGGACCCAAGGGAAACCCAGGCUUCCCAGGAAUGCCGGGCCCUCCGGGGCAGCCUGGUCCUCGGGGCUCUAUGGGACCCAUGGGGCCAGCUCCUGAUCUGUCCCACAUUAAGCAAGGCCGGAGGGGUCCUGUGGGUCCCCCAGGUGCACCAGGAAGACACGGCUCCAAGGGGGAGAGAGGCGAGCCUGGGCCCCGAGGGUCUCCGGGACCUCCUGGUUCUUUCGACUUCCUGCUGCUGAUGCUGGCUGACAUCCGCAACGACAUCGCCGAGCUGCAGGAGAAGGUGUUCGGACAUCAGACUCACUCGUCAACAGAGGAGUUUCCUUUACCUCAGGAGUUUGCCAGCUACCCGGAAACCAUGGACUUUGGCUCUGGAGAUGAGUACCCCAAAGAGAACUGAGUCCAGAGCCUUGGGGACCCCUGGAAACUUUUACCCUUACACAAGCCAGUGGGGUCACACCGGAGGAAGAGAAAAGAGGGUGUGUUCGC